AUGUCAGUAAAUGUAACUUCUCAGAGCUCCUUCAAUGCAAACCAUUCACUCUACGAUAGAGUCAGACCAGAGUUCGAUAAGGCGUUCGUAAGCAAGUUCAUCGAUUCAGUGGGUAUAUCCAAGGAGAGCAAGGUGUUGGAAUUGGCUGCAGGCACAGGCAAAUUCACAAAGCAACUGUUGAGCAAUGGGGUUUCAAGGGACCAGCUGAUCAUAGUGGAACCAAGUGAGGGAAUGUUGCAAAGCUUUGAGAGCAACAUCCCCGGCUUGGAGACACAUUUGGGCUCAAGUUACGAAAUCCCCUUGAAGGACUCCUCUGUUGACUGUGUCAUUGUAGCCCAGGGGUUCCACUGGUUCAGCGACUCGCAGAGCUUGGAGGAGAUCUCGAGAGUUCUAAAGCCAAAUGGUAAACUUGGUCUCAUUUGGAACUUUGACACCAUAAAGAAUAACAAGAACAAUCCGCAAUUGGAUAUCAAAGAUGCAGAUUUGCAGGAUAUGACAACCUGGCAAACAAUUGCAUUCGAAGCGUAUAAAUACGACUCUAAUGUGCCACAGUAUAGACAUGGAAAUUGGUCUAAAGUGUUUGAAUCAACGGAUUUAUUCGACAAAACCAAGAUUGAUUCGCAAUUCCGUUAUUCCAUUUAUCCAUUCCCGAAAGAUCAAGUUUAUAACUAUUGGUUAUCCAGAUCUUACAUCACUUCUUUACCAAAUGAUGAGAAGGAUAAGCUCCAUGCAACUGUGAAAUCAUUGUUGGAUGAAGCACCUGAGAGCUCUUUUUUCGAUGACCAUACUGUCAAGCAAUUCCUGGGCUGUCAUUUCUUUGUGAUUGAAAAGAAGGCCAAUUAA